CUACAAUGGAAAGCGGACAGGUUGUAAAUAAAAAGGUCGGAUAGCAAAUAUGCGAGAGAAUUUUUGAUUAUAACCUGGAGGAGUGUAGUCGCGCGUUAAAGAUCCAGUGUCGAAGUUUUGGCGGAAUAAAGCCCUAAGUGAGACCUUUUGUGGCCAAAUUGGAAGGCCAUUUUGUACGCUAAGUUUUGGCGCGUCGCUGAAAACCGCGGCCGUGGUGAAAGGCGAGUUAAAGCCAGGUGAAGCCAUCCAGAGUGCAACAGUGACACCCUCCGGUAACCCGCCAGCCGAUUAUCCAGCGAUCAACAAGCCGGUGCUACCCUUGUGACGCCCCACCGGUAACCACCGAGGCCGCCUUGUCCGAUACUAGAACGCCCAGCUGGCCAGAAGACCGGAUCCGACCAGCGAAACCACCGCAUCUCUAAAACAGCAACGCAGCCAAGCCACCCGAACAGCAUCUACACCAAUUUAUUAGAGCAGAGGUUAGGCAGAUGCCUACCACCGUAUUGGUGAAAAUGUUGCAUGCUUCCUAUAUGUACACGCCCAGCUUAAAUUUCGAUCAAAGCGCUCGGGGAUUUUACGUCACAAAGUUUGUUUUGAAAAUUGAAGUGCGUUCAUUUCUUUUAAGUUGCAAAUUGAAAUUCGUUUAUUUCUGUGAAGUUGAGUGCAUAAGUUUUAAAAUGCGGUUUUGUUCAGUUAAAUCGUGUGAUAUUCCAUCAUACAAGAUACGGAAAGAAAAACUGACAGUGAGUAUACAUAGUUUUCCGCGGCAUGAGCCAAUCCGAAAGAAGUGGGCUCAGUUUUGUGGGUUGCCGUUGUCAACUGAUGCGAAGUUUGUGUGUUCGCAGCACUUCAAACCAGAAGACUUCGAAUGCCGGUAUCUUGUCGGUCAACGACCGUGUCUAGUUGAAAACGCCGUUCCAACUAUCCGUACGCUAGCUGAAGGAGAUCCGUCUGAUAGAAGUCUGCGAGGUAAACGUAAGGCACAGGCGGAACUGAUAGCCGAGUUAUUAUACUCAGAAUCUUCAAGAAGUCACGAAACACUGACUUCACAUUCACCAGUAUUGGACAACCGCAGCGAUAAAAAAACCAACAAAUUGGUAGUUGACAUUGUAGAAGAUGCUGUAGUACCAAUGGAUAAAAUCGUUCACUGCGCCCAGCGUGUGAGUCAAGUUUUGGACAUCGCUUCACAACAACGUACAGUACUUCAGGAAACCGAAGAUGCAAUAAACUGUGUUCAGUGGAUUCAAAAUAACAGUUUCGUCGAAGAAACUAAUGAAGUAUUAAAACUUGAUUGCCAGUUUUAUGGAAAAUGUGGCCUGGAUGUUUUAGCGGACGCAAUUGAAUUGUCAGAAAGAUCCGUCAUACCCAGCACUAUAAUUGAAAACAACGCGAAUCCGCUUGGUGAGAAGAAGCCUAUUUACGAAACACCCCAAACAAUUAAACAGCUAAAAUCCACCAUUUUUGAUCUGAGAAAUACCAUCCGCAAUUUACAAUUGAAGCUCAGCGAAAGAGACUCAGAAAUACAAAAAUUGCAAUGUUCAAACAUGGAUACAGAUAGUCAGGUUUCCGAUCUGACUAGCAGAAUAGAAACCCUUCGAAAUUCAAUAGAAGACGGCCGUUGCGUUCAGUUGCGCAAAGUCACGUAAAUAAUAAACUUAGUUCUACCUUCCAAGCACUUUUCUCUGUAAAUCAAACCGACUUAAUUUAGGGAGAAAAGAAAAAAGUUGUAUGGACGGCGGAAGAAAUAGCUUUGGCGUUCUCAUUAAGGUAUUUUAGCUGUAAAAAUGAAUUUAGAUAAGUUGAAGUAGUCUCUUGGUGCCAAAUUGCAUGGUGCCUUGGUGCCAUUUUGCAUAAUGCAGUAAAUAGAUUUGAAACAACAGCAAAAAUAUUCUCAUUUAGCUAUUUUUUCAGCUUUAAAAGCCUAUCGUUAUAUCUUUAUAUUUCCACGCCUUACACCAUGAACUGUCGACACAAUUGAUACAAAGAUAAAGCUUUUUUUCCCCAAUAGUGAGACGACGAGCACUUCCCAGUUAUUGAAAUCAGCUCGCUAACUGGGAUAUCAUCUCAACGCCGAGGGGGAAUUCGAUGGAUAACGCUGCUUCGCGACAAUUUCAUAAAAGGCUUUCGUUCUCAAGUUGAUAACCAAAUAGGGAAGGCACAACUACAAACUUAUCUCUCAAAUAAAGCUUUUAAACUUUAGUUUUAUAAAGCGAGUACAUUUAUCAGCUGUAUUAUUAUUUUUGUAUUUCAAAUAUUCUCGAUUAGAAACACUUAAAUUUUUCAGUUUUCGUUCCCAAUCCACAUGCCCCCCGUUCGUUUUGAUAUUUGACGUUUGUUGUCUUUUUAACUGGGAAUCCUCCCAGUUAGCGAGCGCCCAGUUGAAAAGAAGCCCAGUUAAAGCGUGCCCAGUUAGCGAAUAGCUACUGUAUUGUUAAAAUAAUCGAUUGUACUUUCAACAUGAAACCUCGUGUUUUACUUUGAAUAUAGAUAUCAUAGUCAACCGGCUUACCAAAUAGUUCGUAACGAAAUGAAGAUACCGCUGCCGAGUCUAAGAAGUCUCCAUGAAUGGGCCUCAUGCAUCAGAAUGAAUCAAGGAAUUAUUGCUGAUGUAUUUUCAUUCUUGGGUAUCGUCGGAAAACACAUGACUUCCAGAGAAAGGGUGGUAGUUUUGGCAUACGACGAAGUAUCUGUGAAAAGCACUGUGAAGUACGACAGGCGACAUGACAAAGUAAUUGGACCGCAUAAGGAGAUGCAA